GGCUUAGGGAUAGGGACAGGGGAGAGCAUAAGGCUUUUAAAUACAAUGUGUGAUCGUGUACCCCAACACCUCACGUCUGCGACAGGGCCUCAGCUUCAAAGUGCGCCUGCGCCACGCCGUGGUUGCUAGGGAACCGCUGAGCCGCAGUUCCUGGUCCUAGGUCGCGGCUUUAACAUGGCCAAAUUCGUGCUUGCGGGUAGAGCAGAUUGCCCAUAUUAUGCUAAAGCAGAACUUCUGGCAGAUUAUUUACAAAAGAAUCUUCCUAAUUUUUGGAUACAUAAAAUUACACAACAUCCUCAUGUUUGGGAGGAGUGGCUAGAAGAUUUGUGUGAAAAGAAUAAGUGGAGUCACAGAAACUCCCCCAUCAUCUGGAGAGAGCUGUUGGAUCGUGGAGGAAAGGGGUUGCUUUUAGGAGGCUAUAACGAGUUCCUGGAGUACACCCAGCUUUACUACGGUGUCACCUCUAGCAUGACUACUGAGCUGAUGAAGAUAAUUGCUCAAGAGAACCUGGAAGCACAUAUAGAAAAAGAACUGCAGGAAGAAGUCAGGAAAGAUCUUGUCAAUCCCUUGCAGGUCUGGAUCACCAGUGCAUCUGUCCCUGCCUGCUACAGCCUAAUUCCCAUUUUGGUAAGUGGCGAGGUGUUCGGAAUGCAUACGGAGAUGAGCAUAAAUCUAUUUGACAAAGAGCAGGCGGAAGAAGAUCUCCACCUUCUCAUGACUGAGACUCGGAACCUGGUGGCACCCUUGCUCCGGAGCGUCUCCGUCUGCACCAGAGUGGAGGAGGCCUUCCGCCAGGCCCACGUGAUCAUCAUCCUGGACGACAGCGCCGACCGGGAGGUGUACACUCUAGAAGGCUGCAUCCGAAGCAGGCUUCCUCUGUGUAGGCUGUUUGGACAGCUGAUUGAGAAAAAUGCUCACGAUUCCGUCAGAGUUAUUGUGGGAGGAAAAACCUUCGUGAAUCUGAAAACAGUUUUGCUUAUGAGAUACGCCCCAAACGUGGCACAUAAUAUCGUCGCUGUGGCGCUGGGGGUGGAAGGCCAAGCCAAAGCCGUGCUGGCCAGAAAACUGAAAACAGCCCCCUCCAGCAUCAAAAAUGUGAUAGUUUGGGGCAAUAUUAGUGGAAAUAACUACAUUGAUCUGAGAAAAGCCAGAGUUUACAGAUAUGAGAGUGCUAUUUGGGGAACUCCUAACUAUUCACGUCCUGUUUUGAGCUUGAUUUUUGAUAGGGAGUGGGUAAACGGACAGUUUGUGGCAACUCUCAAAAAGCUGACUGAGGCAGGAAAACAAUUUGGAAGCAUCUUAGCUGCACACAGUAUAGCCACUACGUUGAAAUACUGGUACCAGGGCUCACCUCCUGGGGAGAUCGUAUCUUUAGGAGUACUAAGUGAAGGCCAGUUUGGUAUUCCUGAAGGUAUCGUCUUUUCUAUGCCUGUAAAAUUUGAGAAUGGAACUUGGGUGGUUCUUACGGAUCUCAAAGAUAUUGAAAUCAGUAAUCAAAUGAUGACCAGAAUGACAAGUGAUCUAAUUCAGGAGAAACUUGUUGCACUUGGAGAUUUGAUCAGCUUCCAGUCCUAUCAAUCAGAAACUGACUUAGACGAAAGAGAUGAAAAGACCACCUUACCAACCACAUACACCAACCAGGAAAAUCAAAGUCUCAGAUGAUUCUGAAGGCAAAACUAUGGAAGAGCAAUAGAGCAUACUAGACCAACUAUAAAGUUCUUUAGUAAUGUAAUAAACACGGAAAGACCCAUGAAUGUCUGUAUUUAGGGAAGAAUAAUUUGAAAAGAUUGGCUUUCAUCUUAGACGAUGUUAUGCUAGACAACGAUAGUGACAGCACACACCCACGAAAAAGUGAGCCCAGUCAUUUUGUGUUACCCGAACCCACCCAUAGGUUUCCUUACUGUCCCAUUUUCUCAUACAGUUCGGUGUCAAUUGCUAUUUUGUAAACCACAUUAAAAUACAGUUGUCAGUCAUUGCA